UAUUAGGAUGAUUCUUUUUUAUUCCUUCAAACUUCAAUCAGAGUAUCUAUCAUUUCACAAAUCCUUGCGCCCAUGCAUAUUUGAGGAAUUUGCAAGAGUUUUCGCGCAGUUUUCUCUCUCAAAAAAUGCUACUUGCUAGCGUCCUCUAGCUGAAGUUUUCUCUCGAAACUUUCGCUUGUAAGUCUUUGCUCGCUAACUGUUCGACGAAUUGCCUACAAGAAAGCUUCAAAUUUGAGAACCACCAUAUCCCUAACUCCGGCGAAUUUUGUGGAUAAAGGAAUGGCGAUGUGUGUCUUUACCACUCACAGCAUGAAGAACUACCAAAUCCCUAAUUCCGGUGCCAAAACGAGAGGAUCCAAAUACACCGGCCAAUCCAUAAAACCACUCCCAAUCCACAUCCUCACAGUCGGCAAAACCAGAUCGCCGGGAGUCCAAUUGAUAGUGAAGGACUACAUGGACAAAAUCAAACCCUACUGCCCGAUUCACGACCUCAGAAUCCGAUCCAACCCCAAGAACUCAACCGAUCCAAGGGUCCAGAUUGAAAACGAAGAGAUAGGUUUCAUGAAUUUCAUCAAACAAGAUGAUUGGGUGGUGAUGUUGGAUGAAAAUGGAAUUGAUUUGAAGUCUGAGGAAAUGGCAGACUUGAUCGGGGAUGCUGGAACUGGAAACAAAGGAAGUGGUUCAAGAAUGGUGUUUUGCAUUGGAGGGGCUUAUGGGCAUGGGAUGAAAGUGAGGGAGAGAGCUAAUUUGAGGGUAAAAUUGUCAUCUUUGGUACUUAAUCAUGAGAUUGCAUUGGUGGUUCUUGUUGAGCAGCUUUACAGAGCAUGGACUAUUCUGAAAGGCCAAAAAUACCAUCAUUAGAAUUUAGAAGUGCACAUCUUGUUCCAAUGAAUUUGAUUUAUUGUUCAUCUUCCUCUUCAAUCUUCAUGUAGAGUUGGUGAAUCAAAUAGUUCUAAAAUCUUUAGUGUAACAUUCAAUCCACAUCUAUCAUGUCAUUAAGACAUUAUCUA